AUGCGGCGUGUUCGCUGCUUCUCCUCUACCUGUCGAAGCACCACGCAGCAGCUCUACACGCCCUACGUUCGUCCCUUGAACUCAGAACAGAAGAAGGCAAUUCACAAGGAGUGUCUAAAGCUAAACCCCAUCUACCAUCCUCAUUUUAACCGGGACGUCGAGGACGUGCUUCCAUUACUCGAAACGAUUAUGCGUCGGCACUAUGGCAGGGAUAUCGAGAUCAUGGACGUCAGCAUCAGACGUUAUGCAAUGGAUCUUCAUACAGCCCCAAUAGAAAUCGCGCUUGUAGACCCAGGACGAGGGCAAGGCUUCAAGAAUGAGAAAGUAGACGUCUUGCCGGAAGUGUAUGAUCCUGUCGAUGUGGCAAAAACGCUCUCAAAGGCAGGAUUUCAAGGCAUUUUCAGGGGAGAGUCUUUAGUCUGGCAGGACUUCACGAACACCAAGAAGCUGGACCAUAAACGCCCGCCGAUGAAACAUUUAAUCUCAUGGCCCCAGUAUCGGCCCAAACGCAUGAAGGAGCUCGUGUAUCCUGCUACCCUGGAGGUGACAUCGCCGCAACCUUUCAAUAUCACCCUGCCACACCCUACACUCCUCCCAUUGAUGCGCUUGCUCCGUGCAUACUGCAAGGAAUCGACCUCGAUCUUUGAUCUUGUUUCAAUUGUAUGUCACUGGGCACGAUCUUGGCGCUUGGAUGAUUUUACGCCUGUUUGUCUCACUUUGAUGGUCAUCCAUUGUCUCCAAUGCAGGACGCGCCUGCUAAAUCUCCAAAAAUCGAGCACGCCAAAAGUGGAGAAUCCGCCCAUUGUUUUGUCGGAAGAUGGGUCUUUUUCCAUUCCGAGGUCUGGAAUCGAGGAAGAUGGUUAUGCAUGGAUACCUGGCGAAUAUCUUCGUGAGGAUACGACCCCUGAGGCUAGAAGCACAUCAUGGCAGAGAUCGCUCUUCAGGAUAUCUCUCGAAUUCGGCAACGUAGCGCUGCCUCCCUUGAAGAAUAAUUGGGCAGGGGAGAACAAACUGCCUUCCCUCAUGUACAAGUUCUUCAGCUUUUGGGUUUAUGACGGCACCGGGGCUCCGCGUUGCUUGCCUGAUGUACAAUCUGUGCGGGAUGGAAGGCCACUUGAGCGCCCAGAUCCUGUGAUAAGACCCUACGGUUGGGUAGAACCAAAGGCGUUCGAGAAUAACAAAGGUAUUAUAACACCGGAGUAUUCACCUACGAGGUGGUGGUACCAUGCGCUUGUAGUACAAGACCCGUUUGUGUUCACCCAUAAUCACGCGCAGACAGUGACUCAGGCUUCAUUUCGGGAAUUUGAAGCUCGUUGCUGGCACGCCAAGGAGAUUCUGCGCAGGGGUCACCGCUUCGAACAUAUUUUCGGUCCUUACCGUGCUCCUGCAGCAUACACAGAGGGUAAAUUUUACGAUCCACCGGACGUUGGGCCCAGGAGACGCACAGAUCUCCCUGAUCUCGGGAAGCGAAUGCAUCACACGUCGAGUGUUCUUCACUCCGAAAGCAGAUUAGGCCUCAAGCUCGCAGACGUUCCACCAGACGUUAUACGCCAGCGUGAGAAGACGAGGCGUCGCGUCAAUGAACUCAUCAAGUCGAAGUUUGGGAAAGAAUAUUCGGUGGUGCCAUUCGGCAGCACAUGCUACGGCACUGAUUCCGCGAAGAGUGAUCUUGACUUUGUCAUUCUGGAUCCCCAACGACCUGCGGGCCUAUCACCACAUAUUUCAACAAAUAAAUUACCGCGAAUAUAUAAUAUCAGACUACUACAUCGCAUCUUCCACAGUGCUGGUUUCCGGAACGUUAGCAGUAUUCCUACAGCAUCAGUGCCUAUUGUGAAGUUCAUUGAUCCCGAGACUAAUAUUUCUUGUGAUAUUAAUGUCAAUGACCGCCUUGGCAUCACCAACACUGCGCUGAUCCAAUGCUACUGUGAACUUGCGCCGCCUCUUCGACUGGUGCUGUUCGCCAUCAAGCAAUGGGCGAAACAUCUGAGAUUGAACAGUCCUGCCGAUGGGUCGUUCAGCAGCUAUGCAUUUGCAAACAUGACCAUCGGGCUUUUCCAAAGGUGGGGACUACUUCCGAACCUGCAGGACAGUUUCCGUGACACCACUGUCCGAAGUUCGAGAGAUGGCGUCUGGUUCCGUUCGAAGAUUCAAACGGUGUGCUGCGACGUGCGAUACUCCCUUGCUGAGGAUUGGAUGCCGGGCAGCUCUAUUACUGCUGACCAGGCACUUCAAGACUGGUUCCAUUACUGGGGGCACGAACAUGAUUACCAAAAUCAUGUAUUGAGCAUUCGGGAUGGUGGAUUAGCGGCUAGACGGAACCCUGACCCACCUGUCCUUGGCCCAACUGAUCCUGUGCUUUCUCUAUCAGAUGGGGAUGAGCCUGACAACUCGGUGGUAUCUAAUGCACUACCUCCAUUCGCAGACGAAUUCAAGUCUUGGACAGGGCCGUUGUGCAUCGCCGACCCUUUCAUCAUCACGAAGAAUCUCGCGUCAAACGUUUCUUGGAACAACUUGUUAUUGUUCCAAGCCGAGUGUCGGCGAGCGGCUGCCAUGAUCAGUAAAGGUUGCACAUUCGAGGAGCUUGUGGGUAAACGCAAACCUCAAGACAAGCCGCCAAAACAUCUAUCAAAACCGACCCCCACUACGCGAAUUUCUGAUACAUCAUCGUCAUCGACAGGAGGAUCACCAGAGAGCGACCCCAUAUUAGCCACUCUCAGCCAGUCGAUACAGCGCAACAUUAAUUUGAAGAGCUCCCGACGGAGGCCCGCACAGAAACCGGGGCCUGCGGGCACAGAUCGUGCACUUCCACCGUCAACCGGGGCUACAUUGAAGUCAGGCUGA